AUGGAUCACGUUCACAGCGCAUUUAAUAAGGCAACAGUUAGUGUUGUGAAUGAAAGUAGCGGAUUGCUGCGUAAGAAAUUUAAAAAGUUUCUGGUACAGUUAGAGCAAGUUAAAUUUAAACAAUCCAAUUCCAAGAUAAGACUGUUAUUGGGUAUUGAUUUGAUCAAUAUGAAUGCAAAAAAGUAUAAUACUAUAUUAUUGGAAAAUGACAUUCUCUUUGGUAAAGAGUGCAACAAUCCGACGAUAGGCACAGAACAAGCUAAAAUCUCCUACAAGAAAAGAAAGAAUGCAAUUGAAGCAGAAUUUAGAGAAACAAGGAGAUUUCACAUUGAUGAAUUGAAAUCAAAGUGUCUGAGUGCCUAUAUUGUGAUUAAUGAUUUGAUGAUUACAGAUAAUGACAUAGGAAACUGUGUUGAAAUUGGUAAGCUGUAUAAAAAGAAGUGUGCUGAGCUGAAUAUAGGCAUGGAUGAUGAGAUAAUUAAUAUGGUUAAUUAUAUUGAAUCCAUUAAUAUUGAUGCGUAUGUGUUUAUGGCAGGUGAAUUGAUGGGCUGCCUGAAAAUUUGUGAAAUAUUAGUCGUGUCUGAAAUAGGUAUAUGCUAA